CAGGCCCAAACUCCCGCACAACGCCGCGCCAAUGAAAAACAUGCCAAAGGCGUGGAGCGUCGCAUGGGAAAGCCCGAGUCCGCCAUCAAGAAGAAGGAGGUCAAGAAGAGCCCUGUCGGAGUUGCUGCCGUCGGUAUGUUU